UCUUGAUGUUUCUGCUGCUCUCAGGUCCUGGUUAUUGGAGGCGGGGUGGCUGGUUUAGCAGCAGCAGGGGCAGCCAAGUCGAUGGGAGCCAUAGUGAGAGGCUUUGACACCAGGCCAGCAGCACUUGAGCAGUUCAAGUCAUUUGGGGCAGAGCCUUUGGAAGUAGACAUCAAAGAGUCUGGCGAAGGGGUCGGAGGUUACGCCAAGGAGAUGUCAAAGGAGUUCAUUGAGGCUGAGAUGGCCCUGUUCGCCAGGCAGUGUAAAGAUGUCGACAUCGUCAUCAGCACUGCCCUGAUUCCAGGAAAAAAGGCUCCUGUGUUAAUUAAGAAGGAGUUUGUCGAGUCAAUGCGGGACGGCUCUGUGGUAGUGGACCUGGCUGCAGAAACCGGAGGAAACAUCGAGACCACCAAGCCAGGAGAUCUGUACGUCUACAAGGGAGUCACUCACAUAGGCUACACCGACCUGCCCAGCCGCAUGCCCACACAGGCCAGCACUCUGUACUCCAACAACGUCCUGAAGCUGCUGAAAGCCAUCAGUCCAGACAAGGAGUACUUCCACUACGAGCCCCACGAGGAAUUUGACUACGGAACAAUCGACCAUGUCAUCCGUGGGACUCUUGUGAUGAAGGAAGGUCACAACAUGUUCCCGUCUCCACUGCCUAAAACGACCCCGCCGGCCCCCGUGAAACAGAAAACCGUGGCAGAGUUGGAAGCCGAAAAAGCUGCAACAGUUUCCCCUUUUAACCGCACGUUGACCUCUGCCGGCGUCUACACUGCAGGUGUGUCCACCUGUCUGGCUCUGGGCAUCAUCUCCCCAAAUGCAGCUUUCACUCAGAUGGUCACAACGUUCGGUUUGGCUGGGAUUGUGGGAUACCACACCGUGUGGGGGGUGACCCCCGCUCUGCACUCACCUCUCAUGUCUGUCACCAACGCUAUCUCAGGCCUGACCGCGGUAGGAGGUCUGGUGCUGAUGGGUGGAGGUCUCGCACCCUCCAGCCUGCCCGAGACUCUCGCCCUGGCAGCCGCCUUCGUUUCAUCCAUCAACAUUGCCGGUGGUUUCCUCAUCACCCAGAGAAUGCUGGACAUGUUCAAGCGUCCCACUGACCCUCCUGAAUACAACUACCUUUACUUGUUGCCCGGGGCUGCUUUCGUCGGAGGAUACGGAGCUUCACUGGCUGCUGGGUACAGCAUAGAGCAGAUGAUGUACCUGGGCUCAGGCUUGUGUUGCGUCGGGGCCUUGGCAGGCCUCUCCGCCCAGCACACGUCUCGACUGGGGAACGCCCUGGGCAUGAUGGGAGUAGCAGGGGGCAUUGCUGCCACCAUCGGCGCCCUCAAGCCGUCGCCAGAGCUGCUGUCUCAGAUGUCGUUAGCUAUGGCCACUGGGGGGACCCUUGGCCUCACCAUCGCCAAGCGUAUUGAAAUCACGGACUUGCCACAGCUGGUGGCGGCCUUCCACAGCCUGGUGGGACUCGCGGCUGUCCUCACCUGCGUCGCCGAGUACAUGAUCGAGUUCCCUCACCUGGAAACACACCCUGCAGCCGGUGUCCUGAAGACCGUGGCCUACCUGGGUACCUACAUUGGAGGCGUCACCUUCAGCGGAUCUCUGGUGGCCUACGGAAAGCUGCAAGGCCUCCUGGACUCCGCACCCCUGCUGUUGCCUGGUCGACACAUGUUGAACGCCGGUCUGAUGGCGGCGUCCAUGGGAGGCAUGGUGCCCUUUAUGCUCAGCUCCAGCUACGGCACCGGGAUGGGCUGCCUGAUGGGGGUGUCCGGGCUUUCAGCUGUCAUGGGUGUAACACUCACAGCAGCUAUCGGUGGGGCAGACAUGCCGGUGGUCAUCACUGUGCUGAACAGCUACUCAGGAUGGGCGCUCUGUGCUGAGGGCUUUUUGCUAGACAACAACCUCAUGACGAUUGUGGGAGCCCUGAUCGGCUCCUCUGGCGCCAUCCUUUCGUACAUCAUGUGUGUGGCCAUGAACCGCUCGUUGCCCAACGUGAUCCUGGGAGGGUACGGCACCACCUCCACGUUAGGUGGGAAGCCCAUGGAGAUCGUCGGCACCCACACCGAGGUCAAUGUGGAGCAAACUAUAGACAUAAUCAAAGAAGCCAACACCGUCAUCAUCACUCCAGGCUGGGGUUUGUGUGCAGCCAAAGCCCAGUACCCGAUAGCAGACAUGGUGAAGAUGUUAAGAGAACAAGGCAAGACUGUCAGGUUUGGUAUCCACCCCGUGGCUGGUCGCAUGCCCGGCCAGCUCAACGUUCUCCUGGCUGAAGCCGGCGUCCCCUAUGACGUGGUCCUGGAGAUGGAUGAGAUCAAUGACGACUUUCCAGAGACGGACUUGACGCUGGUCAUCGGAGCAAACGACACGGUGAAUUCUGCUGCACAAGAAGAUCCCAAUUCUAUAAUUGCCGGCAUGCCUGUGCUGGAAGUGUGGAAGUCCAAACAGGUCAUAGUGAUGAAGCGUACACUGGGAGUGGGUUACGCGGCGGUGGACAACCCCAUUUUCUACAAACCCAAUACAUCAAUGUUGCUGGGAGAUGCCAAGAAAACAUGUGACGCACUGCAGGCAAAGAUCAGAGAGGUCUACUACUAGCUACAACUCAUCCCCUUUUUUCCUGUAAAAAUUAAAUCCACAUUCACAGGAAAUGAUUUAAGGAUCUGGCUAUUUUUAGAGAUUUAUUGGGUCUGCAAAGAAUGAAGCAUAAUACAUUUCCACUGCCAUGUCACGGUCAUAUUUAAAAUCAUGCAAUCCCAGGAGGUUGCAAGCAUCAACGACUGCACAUACAAGUGUGUGUGCUUGUAAAAUAUCGGUUUUCAUGUCUGGAUGGCUAGAAUGCAUAUGUUUGAUUAAAAAAUAAAGUGCAUUAACUCAUGGACAAAUGUGUUCUGAACUGUAAAUAAAAUAUUCAAAUAUG